AUGAAAUCACAAAAAUAAUUCGUGAAGAAAAAAACGCCGGAUCUGCAAGAGAAAACUUUUGCAAAAAUAUUGUUUUUUAAAUAAAAUAAUUUGCUUAACAAAACACAAACAUAGCAACAACUUUUUUAGAAAUCUAAUCUUUAAAAGUAAGCAUUCAAGAAACCAACUAUGGACAACUAUUUAUUCGAUGGUGGACGCAUACAAAAAAUGGAGGUGGACUAUGCUCCAGCCUGCGAUGAAAAAAUACCCAUUGCUAAAGAUUUGGCCAAAAAGAAUCCCGAUUCUUUUCACGAGGCCAUUGAAAUGUUGCUAACACUAGAGAAACAAACACGUUUGGGUGCAGAUAUGGUCUCCUGCUCACGCGUUCUAGUGGCUAUAUGUCAGAUAUGUUUUGAAGCAGGCAAUUGGAAUGCCUUAAAUGAAUAUGUAACCUUAUUGGUGCGUAGACGUUCCCAACUGAAACAGGCCGUUUCGAAAAUGAUACAAGAGUGUGUGACUUAUGUGGAAAAGACACCCGAUAAGGAGACUAAAUUGAAAUUAAUCGAUACCUUGAGGGCGGUAACAGAAGGUAAAAUUUAUGUAGAAAUUGAAAGAGCUAGGCUGACAAAAAUUUUGGCUGACAUUAAGGAGGCCGAUGGUGACAUAGCGGGAGCAGCCUCAGUAAUGGAAGAGUUACAAGUAGAAACUUAUGGUUCCAUGGAUAAAAGAGAAAAGGUGGAACUUAUAUUGGAACAAAUGCGUUUGUGUUUACUUAAAGAAGAUUUUGUCUCUACACAAAUCAUAGCCAAGAAAAUCAGCAUCAAAUUCUUUGAUGAUCCUGCCCAACAUGAUCUCAAAUUGAAAUUCUAUAAUCUAAUGAUAAGACUAGAUCGUGAUACUUCAUAUCUGAAAACAUCUAGACAUUAUCAAGCUAUUGCUGAGCCUCCUAAGGCAGUAGUACCCAAACCCGAACCCAUGGAUGAAGAUAAAAAGAAAAGUGAAGAAAAGGAUAAGAAAAAAGAUAAAGAGGAAGAAGUUAAAAAAGUGGAGGAGCCCGUACCUGUGGAGCUAACACCAGAACAGGAAAAAGAACUUAAGGAAAAAUUAAUUUGUGCCGUAUUAUAUUGUAUAUUAGCACCCUAUGACAACGAACAAAGUGAUAUGAUGGCUCAUUUGGCUAAGAAUAAGAAAUUGGAAGAAAUUCCCGUAUACAAAGAAAUUUUGCGUUUGUUUAUGUCCAAGGAAUUAAUUAACUUUGAUACAUUUAAUAAUGAUUUCGGUACUGUUUUGGCGGAAAAUGAAAUGUUCCAGGAGAGCACCAAACAUGGCAAAAAAUGUAUUGCUGAACUUAAAGAUCGCCUAAUAGAACAUAACAUACGCAUCAUUGCCAUGUAUUAUUCCCGUUUGCAUUUAAAACGUAUGAGUGAGCUGUUAAAUCUACCCACCAAUCGUUGCGAGGAAUAUCUCUCAAAAUUAGCCAAUAGUGAUACUAUACGCGUUAAAAUCGAUCGUCCUGCUGAAAUAAUUUACUUUACCGUCAAAAAGAGUGCUUCGGAUGUUUUGAAUGCCUGGUCCAAGGAUGUUAGCCAACUGAUGUCGUUGGUUAACAAGACCUGCCACUUGAUUAACAAAGAAGAAUGUAUUCAUUCGGUUAAAAGCAUUGCCGUAGAGGAUUAAUUACGCUAUAAAAUGCCAAUGAGUUUUACUUUAAUUUGCGGGCAUUUUUUCUACUAAUCUUUUACAUAUGAACAUGAAAUAUAAUAUAUCAGUUCAUCAGAUUUAAUUUAUAUUAAACAAAAUUAUAAUACAUUAAUAUGAAGCUGUUUUUUGAGAAAAAUUACGUUUUUUUCUUCAUUAAAUUCCUUUACUCAGUCUACUUAUAUUUGUAGUCAUUGAAUGAUUUACAAUAAAAAUAAAGAAAUUUAUAAAAAAAA